AUGCGAUCAUCCGCGCUUGAUAUUCGACGCAUAUGGCGACCUCCUUUCCAAUUCUCGCUGCUAUUUACCACCGCAACGUCCGUUAAAAUCCUCCACUUAUAUAGCCAUCGCCGGUCGCUACCGCCUCUCCUAAUCGUCCUAUACUUUCUCACAUUUAUCUCUGUGGAUGUAAUAAAUUUGGUUGUGUUUUGGGUGCUGGUGCAUAUUAAUGGGCGGGGUUGGAGUGCGGCCCUCCUUUCGAUUUUUAAGGUCAUCUUAAGCCUUAUCCUCCUGGGAGCCUCCUCGUCUUGGAUUUCAUUCUAUAUCGAAACUGGAGGAGAAAUAAAAUGGGGCGCUGCCAAAAAUAUUGCCAACGAUGCUGCGGGCCUGAAAGUGCUGCUCUCGGGGAGCACGCGAGCGCUUCUGGCGGCGAUUUUCCUGGUGGUGAUGGCGCGCCUGAUCUCGCAGCCACUCUAUAACGCAACCGAGAGCUUGUUUUUCGACGCGGUAAAGACAUUGACCGGUCGCCACCUACGACGAACAUCAUCAAGGGAGUUCAAAGAUCCCAAUCCCGCUUCGGCGCUGGAGAGUGGAACAACCUAUCACCGUGUAUCGUCAGAGGAAGAUUAUAUUUCAGACCACACUUCCAGCGAUGGCGAUGAGUCUCCCCUUUUCGCCAAGCAGGAACCGACCGAAACCUCCUGGCUUCUCCAAUGGAUAUACACACUGAAAUAUCUCGUACCAGUUGGAACAGCUCUCAUACUGAUGAUUCCUCGCCCACGCGGGUUUCCAUGGGGCCACAUGUCUAACUCCAUGCCCUACACACUUUUGGAUAUCUGGACCAACCCUACGGAAGAGAUGUGUCUUGGAAACCUGUCAGGAGACUUUCCUCCCUUCCCGCUUCCGGAUCUCAUUUCUGAGGUAUAUUGGGAGCCCGCAAAGGGGGAGUUUCCAGGCUGGCAGCCAAUGGUCAAUAGAUCGUUCGAUAUGGAUUUGAAACGACCUUCAUGGCUCCCCGAAGAACCCAUGCAUGGGUUUGAGCGUUGGUAUAACGACUCGGCGCUUGAAGACUCUCACGGAGACAGAAGCCACAAGCACGGAAAGGAGGAAAAUCGGAGGCGCCCUGAAGGAAUGUUCUCCAAAGGGAUCAACUACGAUCCUAUCACAGAUCCAUUGCGGAUCACGAAUCUCGACCAGGAGCUGUUGAAAUCGAUCAAGGAUACGAUCAAGAACCGCAAGAUAGCCAUCAAACAUGUGGUCAUAGUCUCCAUGGAAACGACCCGAAAAGAUAUCUUCCCUUUCAAAAGGGGCUCGCACUUGCAUGACAUUGUCAUCAAAUCUCACAACUCUAAUGAGAGCAUUGCAAACUCCUACUCCCAGUUAACCAAAUUGACUCAGAACACGGAGUUGCUCACGGGCGAAACUAGCGGAUUCGGAACUGGUGAUCUCCGGGAUUCUUCCGCUAGACUUGGAAGUUGGAGGAAUUUGAAAAAGGGCACAGGUGGAAUCAAUGUCCAGGGAGCUUUCACAACAAGUACCUCGACCUUCAAAAGUUUUAUUGGAAGUCACUGUGGCACACAUCCGCUCCCAGUGGAUUUCACAGUUGAGGCGUCGCGUGAUAAUUAUCAGCCUUGUAUCCCGUCCAUCCUUGAGCUUUUCAACCACAACAAACCCGGAUACAAGAAGGAGCAUUCUAACACCGACUCUGGGGAAUCUAAGCGAGGUGCUGUGGAGGAUAGACCGUGGAAGUCAGUAUUUGUUCAAGCCAUAACGGAUCAGUUUGAUCGCCAGGAUGAGCUUAACAAGCACAUUGGUUUUUCGGAAACGAUCGUCAGAAGCACUCUUGUCGACCCGGCAUCGCCUCACUAUCCUCCAACUGAGAAAGAGUGCAACUACUUCGGAUUUCCCGAAACCCAAGUAAAACCAUAUAUCCGGGAUCUGUUUAAGCAAGCUGAGGAGAAGAACGAACGCCUAUUUCUCUCACAUUUUACCAGUUCGACUCACCAUCCUUGGGCCACUCCGGAAGCGUUCGGAGACACAACCGAUUACCUAGGCCGCUCCAAGUGGGGACCUGAGCAUUCGCUGAACAAAUACCUUAACACAGUCAAAUACGUUGACAAUUGGCUUGGCCAGAUCAUGGACAUGAUAGAAGAACUGGGAGUUGCAGACGAAACACUCGUCGUUAUGGUAGGCGACCAUGGAUGGGCAUUCGAAGAAGACGCCGCCUUUCAUGGGACUUUCGAAAAUGGACAUAUCUCGAACGUCCGAGUCCCACUUCUCUUCCACCACCCUUCGCUCCCACGGGAACAACUCCAUAUCAACGCGACAUCGCUUUCCAUCAUUCCUACAAUCCUGGAUCUCUUAACGGCCACUUCCUCCCUCAACAAACAGGACACGACUAUCGCUAAGAACCUAAUACAUCAGUAUGAAGGCCAAUCUCUCAUCCGCCCAUUCCAAUCGAGCAAAAAUGGCCGCCAAGCUUGGAACAUCGGUGUCCUAAACGCAGGAGGUGCCUUUUUAUCCGUCUCAUCGGCCGCAGUCCCCUACCGUCUCGUCUUUCCCAUCUGCAGAAAUGGCGCGUACCGCUUCGCUGACAAUAUUCUCGAUCCCGACGAGCUUCAGCCCAUAGAACAGUACUCCCUCUCCGCAUUGGAGAAAAGCGUGCGGAAGAUCUAUGGUGGGGAGAAGGGCGAUGAGGUUGCGGAAUGGGUAAAAAGCGCUGGGAAGGUGGGGAAGUGGUGGGUUUUGGAGCAGAGAAGACGCUGGAGAUAUGGCGGUGCCGCAUUGCAGGAUGAUCGGAGGACGGAUGAGAUGGAGGGCAUGGGUAAGAUCAAGAAAGCACACUGGUGGAAUACUUGA